ACACACAAUCCUUCUCUCUCUCUCUCUCUCUCUCUCUCUCUCUCCUGAUCCCACUCUUUCUCUCUCUUUCAGAUCGCACCGCUGCGUCUCUGAUCUGAUCUCCAAACUUUUUCCUUUUUUUUAAAUCCCCUUUCUCCGGUCCGCGCGGUGAAUGAACGAGCCUCUUUAACAUAUUCAGACCAACGUCAUCCGAUGAAGGUGGAUCAUGCCGUGCAGCCUUUUCUAUAAAGCCCCCAGCAGCCCGCUAACUGAGGAGUAAUAGUCUCAGGUUUGGAAGAGAAGAGAAGACAGAAACUUUGCUUUAACGCACACGGAUUUCUCUCGGGGCGCUGCUUGGAGAGUUUACCGGAGAGAGAAGAAAAUACAAGACGAAGGAGGACAUUUACGCAGCAUUUAAACGAGACGGGGUUUGAACGGGAAAGAAGAACCUUUAAGCCCUGGCACAGGUGGAUGCUGGGAAGUGGACCAGCUCGGAGGAGAUGUUCCCGUUGGCCCAGUUUGGGGUGCUGUCGGCCUUAGCCACCGCGCUCACCUCGGUCCUUUCUGCGCUCUUCCUGCUGGCACUGACCCGGCAGCUGUGGAGCCUCCGCUGGAGCUUGACCCGGGACAAAGAGAGCAGUCUGCCGCUGCCGAAUGGCUCAAUGGGCUGGCCGCUGGUCGGAGAGACUUUCCACUGGCUCUUUCAGGGUUCCAACUUCCACAUCUCGCGCAGAGAGCGUCAUGGCAACGUGUUCAAGACCCACCUCCUCGGAAAGCCUGUCAUCAGAGUAACGGGAGCAGAAAACAUCCGCAAGAUCCUGCUGGGCGAGCACAGCCUGGUGUGCACCCAGUGGCCCCAGAGCACCCGCAUCAUCCUGGGACCCAACACCCUGGUCAACUCCAUCGGUGACCUUCACAAAAAGAAGAGAAAAAUCCUAGCUAAAGUGUUUAGCCGGGGGGCUCUGGAGUCCUACCUGCCCCGGCUGCAGGACGUCGUCAAGUCUGAAAUCGCCAAGUGGUGCUCAGAGCCGGGCGCCAUCGAUGUUUACAGCGCUGCCAGGUCUCUGACCUUCCGUAUCGCCAUCAGGGUCCUGCUGGGUCUGCAGAUGGAGGAGGAGCGGAUAGUUUACCUGGCCCAAAUUUUUGAGCAGCUCAUGAACAACCUCUUCUCGCUGCCAAUAGACGCUCCGCUCAGUGGGCUACGCAAGGGAAUAAAAGCUAGAGAGAUCUUGCACACCAACAUGGAGAAAAUCAUUGAGGAGAAGACGGAGCGACCGCAGGCUGACGGGGAUUACCACGAUGCCUUCGAUUACAUGCUGUCCAGUGCAAAGGAGCACGGACACCAGUUUAGCAUCCAGGAGCUCAAGGAAACAGCAGUAGAGUUGAUCUUCGCUGCUCACUCCACCACAGCCAGCGCGUCCACAUCGCUGGUCCUUCAGCUUCUUCGUCAUCCAGCAGUGGUGGAGAGAGCAAAAGUCGAGCUGGAAGCAGAGGGCCUCGGCUACGAAUCCCACAGCAGUCCCAGUCCGUCUGAUGUCACCAAACAGAAGGAGGAGGACGCUGCUGACACCGAGAUAACCUGCCUGCUAAACGGAGACUGCCACAAUCACCAGAAUCACAGUGAUGGUUUCCCACAGUCCCGUUCUCAAAUACCCUACCUGAGCCUGGACAAGCUGAGCCAGCUUCGCUAUGUCGACUGUGUAGUCAAAGAGGUUCUCCGCUUCCUGCCGCCAGUCUCCGGUGGUUACCGGACAGCUCUGCAGACGUUUGAAUUAGACGGCUACCAGAUCCCCAAAGGCUGGAGUGUUAUGUACAGUAUCAGGGACACCCAUGAGACGGCAGCGGUCUUCCAGAGCCCCGAGCUGUUUGACCCAGAUCGGUUCGGCCCCGAGCGCGAGGAGAGUCGGUUGGCUCGGUUCAGCUACGUGCCUUUCGGUGGUGGCGUGCGGAGCUGCGUAGGGAAGGAACUGGCUCAGAUCAUCCUAAAAACUCUGGCAGUGGAGCUGAUUGGGACUUGCAAAUGGACUCUGGCCACAGAGAACUUUCCCAAAAUGCAGACAGUGCCGAUAGUGCACCCGGUAAAUGGGCUUCAUGUGAAUUUUACUUACAACAAGCCCCUUUAGAUUCACAAAACAAACUCACAUGACUUCCCCGGAGAAAAGAAAAAAUCAGAGAGGCCAACUGACCCUCUGAAUAAACUCUACGAGCCCAAGAAAAGAGACACAUCCACCUCCCCAGGCCUGAUUGUUCAGUUCAGGUCCCCUCUCACUUUGACAGACAUGAAGAACAUUGCUGGUUUGGAAAACCUCAUCAUAUCUUCACUGAUUUGGUCCCAACCUCAGAAACCACAUUGUGUUGGUACACAAGCAUAUUUUAAACCACCAUACAUGUACAACUGUUGGGUUUGAAACCCGGCUUUUCUCUCACAUAUAUUUGUAGUCAUUGUAUGAGCUGUAGUGCUUAUCAACGACAGAGUCAGGUCUAUUCAAAUGUCUUGAGUUUUUGGUGAGUUAUAAAACAGAUUUUAAAUGAAAACUGAUGCCUUUUCAUGCGCUACAAAAGCAAAACGUGACCAACAGUGACAAGAUAGACUAUUUCUGUGGUUUUAUUUUUUCAUGUCUGAAUCUGCUGCCGCAGGUUAGGUGUCAGAUGAAGUGAUGAACUGCAUACUGCACAAACAGCUAUUAUUUACAUUUUCCACUGCAAAGAUUCUCAAUGAGUGAUCCAUUUGACAAGAAAGCAGGAAGAUGUUACUUUGACACAAAGACUACUUACAUAUGUAUAGAAAAAAAUCAGGAAAGAGACAAGAGGCAUUAAUAUGUCCACAGGGGGGCGCCAAAACCAACUCAAACCAAAAGUUCCUCACUGGAGCUUUAAGCUUUGAUUUUUUUCAAACAUAAGAUUUGACCUGCUGAUGUGCCCGCUCGACAGAUUGCAUAAUAAUAUUUCUCUUCCAACAAUGUUAUCUAUAGUUUUUUCAGUUACUAUAAAACACUCUCAUAUGUGUGGCCUUACAUCAUAACAAAUCCAAAUAUCAAGACAGAUUCUGCAUAAAUCGAUACAUAUCACAACAAAGUGUUUAACAGAUGCUACAAUUCACUAAGCUUUGGGUCUUUUAACUUUUGUACCUCGUCAAAGAGAUAUUUAUUUUUGCUGUUUAUUCGACUUUACUUACAUUUACAAUACUUUCUAUAUCCGCAAUUAGAAAAUCUAGAAAAAAGGAAGCUGGUAAAACUUAGCCAGUCUCAACAUGGUUUAUAUACAUCCUUUACAGACUGUUCAGCAAAUCUGUGUUCUGUUGAUUUUUACUUGUUCAGUUCUGUCUAGUAGCGUCUUAUAACCUGGAACUGCCUUUCUGAACUGCCAGUGAUCAAAGCCCUGGAUGCAUGUCAGCGCCAAGGAAAUGGAUAGUGGAAUGCCUGAGGGGGAAAAAAAGUUGCCAGUCAUGUCUAGUGAUCUAAAUCCUGAUGUUUUGCAAUGAGUGGGAAAAAAAAUUAAGCUUAUGGAACUUGCACUUGAUUUUGACACAUAAGUCCUCAAACCAGGAACUAUCUUUACAUCAAGGUCAAAACCAUUCAAAAUGUUUUUCUUUUUUUAGAUAUGAAUGUAAUAUAUACAGUGCUAUUAUGUGUGUAUCAAAUGAAGUAGCAUUAUGAAUAAGCUGUAUUUAAAAUGCAGGUGUAUCAUUUCUGUUGACCAUUUACUCUAUCUUAAACAUUUGUGCUGUUAUUAUGACUAGAUAGAGACACUAACCUGUAAUGUAAAGGUAUCUUUUAAGUUUUACUGCUAGGGCAUAGAAACCAUUUAUUAUUUAGAGCAGCGAAUAUUAAAAAAUAACUCUUUAAUUAUUAUUAUUACUAUUGUUUUAUUAUUCUUGUUUUAAUGGUCUAAUUCUCGGACUGUUAUUGGUCUUGAAGCUCUAACAGAAGCGCUGUGAAAUCUUGUGUAUGGAUGGAUGGAUUUGUGGAAGGAGAUAGCACUUUCUCCGUUUUCAGGAGUCUGUAUAUACUUGUCCAGUUGUUGCGUUGUGUAUGUUUGUAUGUAUGUAAACAGUGUGUCCGAUGUAGCUGCUGUACAGUUGAUGUAAAGAGUAAACUAGAAGAUGAUAAACACAGUUGUCAUU